AAGAUAUAAUGUAGUUACUGGUAUUUCUGUUUCUUGGCGCUCAUUCUUUUGAAUGCUUGAAACUAAAAAGAACGAUACUUUAUCAGUUUUCGCUUAAAACUUAUGGGGAAUAUGCUUAGCUACUAUAUUUACAGCAAUUGCUGAAUGACUUUGACUUGUAACGCUUUCAACGUGUGCAAUCGCUAACGUGUAAUUGCUUUUGCCCUGGUUUUGCAUCUUCAUUCUUGAAUAGUUCUUGCGUUGCAUUGGUUAGGACUUAGGAUAAUCACGUUUCCAUUUGUAAAUUAAUGUAGCUGAUUUCAGGAUCUCAUACUGAAACCAUCUUUGUAGCCCUGUUUGAAAAUGAAAAAUAAAAGGUUACUGAAGUUCUCACGUGAAUUGGUAAGUUUUACGCUGGCUGCUGGCCUACCACAACUCCCCCUCCUUUAUCUGGGCUUGGGACAGAGAAUGUAAGCAAGCUCACACAGGACUGGCUCAAACAAAGAUAGAACCUCCUUCCAUAAGCUACCAAAUGGCAUCUCAAGUUAACCACAAAGAAGAGACAUUUGAUUCACAUUUUCCACGGAUUCAUCAAGAUAAUUUCCCCCCAGCAACAAAAUUUGGAUCCGAAUCAAAACCUUGUGCUGCUGUUCCUAUUCGUUCUGUUGCCCCGACUGGUGAACAAAACGUGAAUGUCAAGUUCAAGGACAAAUCACAGAAGAUUAAGAAAAACAAGAAACCACCUAUGAAGGGAAUUCGUGAAACUGUAUCGAGACUUUUGAAAGUGGAACGGCCUGAAAAUAAGUCUUCUGCCUCUAAAAAAACUAAAGGAGAAGCUAGAUGUGGAGAGGCCACUGUUACAAAGAAUCCAAAUUCAGUUUACGGUCGAGCUAGUGCUGAUUUUUCUGGCCUGCCUCCGCCAUUUUGUUCCUGUACAGGUGUUUCUAGACGGUGCUACAAAUGUGGAGGUGGGUGGCAAUCAUCAUGCUGUACCACCUCCUUAUCUGAGUAUCCCCUUCCAAUGAAUCCCUCAAAGCCUGGUAGUCGUAAGCCUGGGAGAAAAAUGACUAAUGGAGCAUAUAAUAAGCUUCUUUGUACACUUGCAACUGAAGGUCGUGAUCUUUCUAAUCCAGUUGACCUGAAGGACCAUUGGGCAAGACAUGGUAGUAACAAGUUUAUUACUCUCAAGUGAACAAUAGGAAAAUUGACUCAACGUAUGCAUCAAUUGUAUUAUGUAUAUAUUAUUUUAUUCUCCAACUGUUGCUUCCUCUGGUAAGCAUUAAAGGAACCUUGAGUAGUAGGUUGUUAAUAUGUUGAACUUAGUACUGAUAAAUUCUGGUAAUAUCAUGCUUCUCUGUAUUAGUCUU